AUGGAAUUCGCACCAACUACAGCUAGCCCUCUGCACCAUUCUGUCGACAACAGCUUUGUUGUCGAUACCUUUACAGAACUCUCGCGUUACUAUCCUAUCAUGUCAAAGACCGCUAUUUCUAAAAUUUCAAUCGACGAUCCCAAUCGCCAUCCUGUCACUGAGCUUAUGAUCUCCUUCGCAACAAGAAAGAACUCGGAAAUGAACUCACAGAAGACAACUCUGCAUCUUAUUCCACCUUAUGUCUGUGAAAGUGAUAUAGAGAUGAUACGGUAUUCGGUUCUCAGCGCCCUCUUCUAUUCGUAUCAGAAUGAGCAUCAUCUUGCACAAGAAGCAUGCAACACAACUGAGCACUAUUUCAGUUGGAUCUCAGAGUAUCUCAUUCGGAUGAACCCUGAACUACUUUCACUACUCUGGAGUCAUACUCUUCUUGUUAUAACAAGCUCCGACAAGUUUAUUAGUCCUGGAGUCUUUAUCUCCUCUUUCUACGAGUCUGUUAGAAGAUUAUCAGCUAAGCUCAAAAGAUUUCAAAAGCCACCAACAGAGAGUACACAUAAUGCUAUUUCGUAA